CAAGCAGAAUCGAGCUAAAAAUUGAAAUGUAGGUCUUCUGGCUCUGGGUCAGCAUUGAGAAACUAGCAAGUCCAGGGUGCUCACCCAGUUAUCUUGGCUCUCCUCUUUGGGGGAAAGUGGAUUUUUCUAGCAGAUGAUUAGGAUAUAGUAGUUAACGUUUACAUAAUGCAUUUUAGUUUACAAAGUGAUCUACAUAUAAUCCCUACAUUAACCCUGUAACAUAGAUGAUAGUUACCCCCUUAUACUCUAAAUGGAAUGGCUGAUAAAUAUAUGGCCCUGAGUGAGGAAAAUGGCAUUACUGCCCCUGGUGAAUCAGUGGUUUUAGAAGCAAAGCCAAAACAAGAUUCUGGGUCUCCAGCUCUGUGCUCCAAGAGUGGGAAGAUCGAAUGAGAUGAAUUUUAAGACCCCCAGAAAUCACCCCUCCCUUUAUAAAAGAGGAAUCUGAUUCACAGAAGUGCCUUGCCCAGUGAUCGAUCACGCAAGCAGCAAGCGGGGAUGGGAGGUCGGCGGGAAUAUCAUCUAUAACGACUGGCCUGCGCCAGAAAUGUAGGGUAUCUCUAUGAGGAGAUGGUGGAGGAGCGGCGGCAGGGCCCCGAAGCCGGGGGUCCGGCUCUCCCAGGAUGGGGAGGGGCCUUCGCGGUGACCACGCCCUCCUCAGCUGCGGCCAGUUCUCCCCGGGCCGAGGGCGGGGGCGGGAGUCGGGGCCAGAAUAGCCAGAGGUCAGGGGUGGGGUCUCCAGCCCUCGCCAUGGAGGGGGAGCCCACCCCAGACUUUUCUGUCCUUCGGGACUUGUUGGCUCCUCCCUGCCUGGAGCCCGAGCUCCAGGGGGUCCUGGCGCUGCCUCGCUCUUCCUGCGCCGGCUCCUUAAUCCUGCGCCGGGAGAACAAGGGCCCUGCAGAGAGCAGGACUCCUUGGCUGGCCCUCCCAGCUGCAGUGACCGGCCUGCGCUUUCUCCAGGAGACAGCAGAGCUGCUCCCGCAGGCUCCCGUGCCAGAAGCCCCCCGAGCUGAGCCCUGGCUGGAGCCACCGCUGCCCCCCAGGACCUUGGCCCCCGUGCCGGUCCCUGGGGGUCCUCGAGCCUGGGAUGCUGCGGACUCGCUGGCCCUCAUCAGCCUUCAGUGUCACAGGCUGAGCCCCCCAAGGACCAGGAAGCAGGUGGGGCUGGGAGUGGGACUGGGUAGGGGACCUGGCCUCCAGGCCCUGGCAGGCAGGACCCUCCGCAAACAGCCCCACCCCCAACGGGGAGCUGAGGGGCAGGAGCCGGGAUUCCAGGGCGUGGUGCUGAGGAUGCACCUGAAGCCUGCUCAGGAGGGGCACCAGCUGCUAAUCACUGCCCAGUUCAGUUCAGCCUGUGGUUCCCGGAGCUGGGGGGCCUCAGCUAGUCCCGCGGAGGCCUUGCCCAACCCUGUGGGGGCAUCCACAUCAAACCAUCAAGAUUCCCCAGGGAGCCGGUGCUGUGCCUCCUGCCGGACCCAGAGAACGCCGCUGUGGCGGGACGCGGAGGACGGGACCCCGCUGUGUAAUGCUUGCGGCAUCAGAUACAAGAAGUAUGGCAUUCGCUGCCCCGCCUGUUGGACUGUUCCCAGGAAGAGCAUCUGCCCACUCGGGCAUUGCACUCGGUGUGGGGCCUGGCUCUGUACCCCGCAGGGCCCCCUCGGGAAAGGGACUGAAGGCCAUGAUUCCGGUGUCCGGCCUCGGGUGCCCCGCCUCCAUGGGGAGAAAGAAAAGAGCUUCCCCAGAGACCUUGCAGUAAGGACAGGAGAGGGAGCAGGGAUCCCCACUGGCCUGGAGCGUAGCCCUGAUGAAAUGUGGAUUCCUGUCCCAGUGGGAAGGCCAGAGCCAUGACCUCAGUCACCCCCUUCACAUUCAAAAUCAGAAAUAAAAUAGAUAUGU